AUGGGAUUCGUGUUAAGCUUAGCUUUAAGCAUCGAGUAUUUUUCGACGGUCUUAGCAUUGAUAUGCUUACCCAUCAAUAUUAUUUUCGUUUUAUUCGUUUACAAAGAAAGAAGACGAGCUCCAUUUGAUUCGCCGUUCUUUCGAUUAUGCAUUCAUUUAUCUAUGGCUGAUAUUCUGAUGGAAAUCUUCUGCACCCUCUUUCUCAAAUUUCCAAUGUUCGGACUUUUUCCUACAUCGUUUUAUAAAGAAAAUUGGUCCAUGUUACCAUUGAUGGGAGUCAAUUAUUUUGGGCAUGCUCAAGCUAUUGGGAUCAUUGCCAUCGCCUUCAACAGAUUCACUGCUGUGUUCUUUCCCAUCCAACAUAAACAGAAGUGGUGGCGCCCUAAUGUUGUACGUCUAGUUCUGAUAUUGCAAUGGACAAUUCCAAUACUCUUCAUUCUGCCGCUAUUCUUUGCUGAUUUCAAUUUUAUUUUCAAUUUGCAAUACGGAUCCGUCAUUUUCUCUGCCAAGAAUCGAGAUUUCCAUACUAUUUACUUCAUUGGAAUUGGAAUACUCGAUGGCAUAUUCAUCAAUAUCGUUGUAUCAUUCCUAUAUGCAGCCAUUUUCUUCCGUGUUCAAUCACAUCCGGUUGUACAGAAGCCCGGAGAAUUGGCGAUGCGUCUAGCUCUCUCAGCUUUCAUUAUAUUCACUUCGUACUUAUGCUUGGGAAUCUUUGCCUUCCUGUCAGCCAUAGCACCUCCACCGGAUGCAUGGACUUUCCGCACACUGUGGUUUGUGGUGAACGAUGUGUUGUGCGCAAGCAAUGCUCCUGUGCUGUUAGCCUUAAAUCGUCCUGUUCGUCAGAUAUUUCUUGAAAAGAUUGGCAUGCGACAGAAGACUACAGUUCAUACAAACUCUCUUUUAAGCUACAAUAACAAUGCUUGA